AUGCUAGAAGAAAAGACAUAUACCAUCAUGGGGAAACUUACUGCAAUGGCUGCCAUUUAUGGGCAUCCAGGACCGAAGGCCUUAAGUGCACAUCUUGUCACAUUUAUACUAAGGGGCCAAGAAUCCACCAUUGAAGAGAUUUCAGACAACUGCUUUGGUGAGGAUGUCAGGAAUGCAAUAAGAGAGAUUUCUGAAUGUUCUCUUGAUACUGCAUUUGGCAACAAUGUGGCAUUACUUGAAGAAGCUGGUUUCAGGAAAGUACCGACGGACGAAAACAAAGCUAUGGCCAUAUCUGCACUUAAACUGCACAAUGGCUUUUACAAAUUCCUAGGACCAAUUAUGCAGUUUAUGGAAGGCCUCAAACUUCAUGGAGUACUUGAGGCUUUAAAGGCCAGCAGUUCUGAUGCUGAAGCCAUCUUGGGGAUAAGCAGCAGCCACACAUCAGCUGAUACUGUCGUUGAUCUAUUCAGCCCAUCCUACUCGGCAGAUAAGGAGGAAAAAGAUAAUGAGGAAAUGAUUAUCUACAACUUCAGCAACUUCCUCAAAAAAGUUGAGCGUGGACAGAUUGAAACACCAUGGCUGAAUUUGGACGAGCCAUACAGCACAAAAAACGCUACCAUCAACAUGGGCCACGUGUUGCAAACGCUACUUGGGUGCCCAAGACCACCUAGAAAUAUAACAGCAGGGACAGGUCUAAUUGAAUUUAACCAUAAAGACAAUAGACUGUCACAUGUGAACACUUGUGCGCCAUCUCUUUGCUUUGCAGCCACUAGGUCCUUAAACAAUUAUAAUGAACUUGAAAAACACAUGAUGCACAUUAUCAGAGACAGUGACGGAUUUGCACUUACUUGA